CGUAUGCUAGUUCACGCGACCGUUCAAUUUCUUUGCGUUGAUAGCGAUAGUGCGUUGGACGUGUGUUAUAUACAAGCAAUUUAACAAGUGGUCAAGCAAGUGGUCCUAAGCAACAACUUGGGAAGAAUCUCAGCAUUGACGCGAAGUGACGGGAAUUAAGUUUUCCGAGAACCAUGUCGAGUGACGAUCAGCGUCCAUUCGUUGUCAUCAAAUUUAUUAACAAAACAGAAAAAGAAUCAAAUGGCGACACAGUUUAUGAGGUGGGCCUCGCCAAAUGGAUUGUUGACUUAAACGAGGACAUGAUGGGUACGACAAAAUGGCCUCCUUCUUCCGUAGAUGCUGGAAAACUUAUAAGGAAGGAAACUUCCCCAGAUCCAAAUUGGCCAGUGUGCUAUGUUGAGGUGAUAAGGUACUUCGAUACUAUAAAAAGAGCUAGAGAGAUGUUGAAGAGAUUGGUGGAUGAAGGACUAACUUCCUACGAGACUGAAAGAGAAUUGGGCCGGGGUAAAAGGAAGAAACGACCACCUAUUAUAUAUACCGAUGAUGAUGAGGAUUCAGAUGUUCCAAAAUACAAUAAAAAGAAACAGUCUCUGUCUGAUGACAGCGACUCAGAUUUGGUUCAACAUAAGAAAAUUAGAAAGUUUGGCAAGUCAAAGAAGAUAGAUCAAGAUAUACCGGCACCACCAUCGUUGUCCUUUCAACACAAAACCCCUAGUAACAUAAGCCCAGAUCAGAAUGACAGGAACAGAAAAAUUAUUGUGACUGUUGCACAUAAAAACACGGGAACUGCUUCAUCUUUAAUAGAGAAAAUUAAAAGUCGAAAAACUGAGCGGCAAGUUUUUCAGAACCUAAAAGAAGAGAAUCUCGAAAAUGCUCUUAAGAAGCAGAAGAGCACAUUAACUGUUCCUCAGCUGAAUGUAUGUGCCAAAAGCCCUUUGCAACAAAUGAAUGUCACACUGUCCGAAAACAAUGUUAAUAGUAUGGGAGAUGAGAAGGAAAAUAUGAUUAAUGAAUCUGAAGUUGAGUCCAGCCUUGGAAUCCCUUUUGAACGGCAAAGCCCAAGUUCAAGAGACACAGAAGUGGUUCGGCCGAGUUGUUAUACACCUUUGAGGUCUCCAUUGUUGCACAGGAUGAGUCCUAGAAAUUCUGAAAUCUUUCGUCAUCAGCAAUAUAAUUGUCACCGGAAAAUGUCACAAGAUGAUAAUGAUGCUGAGAGUCUUUCCUUUGAUAUCAAUAAGAGCAUUAGAGAAAUAAAAUCUCUAUGCAAAACUACACUUGUGCGAGUGGAAGAAUUGAGCAGUAAAGUUGAUGUCACAAUUAUGAAUCAGACGCGACUCAACCGGUCUCUUCUUCCAGCUGAGAAAAGAAUUAUUCGUCCAUCAGAUCUACCGGCUCUUCCUGUUUAUACAGAGGAUGAUCUGAAAGCUAUGGAGAGAUUUUUGGAAGACGAAUCUAAUUUGUCAGCAAUGGUUCAUUAUUUGGCUUCAUUUUCCUUGAAUAAAAUUGAAGGAAAAGCAGCUGCUCAAGUUAUGGCAAAGUUGAUAUCUAAUGUACUGGCCUGUUCCUACAAUUUUAAGGGUACUGACGGAAGUGGAAAAAAAGGCUUUCAAAAUCUGCAUCUUUGGGAGGUGGUUCAAGGUGUGAUACAAAUGCGAUUUCCUGAGAGUGAUCUCUCAGAUGCCAAAGAUUCUGUGAUGUCCUGGUUGCGAAAUGCUCCCUGGCGGAAGCAAGAGAAAGGAUCUAACACUGGGAAGAGGAAGAGCAAGAGCUUUUUAAAAGAAAGCUCUUAAGUACUUAAGAAAACAAGACAAUAAGUUUUUUCCAGUGUUACCUGUAACAUGUGAUAUUUUUUGCUGAUAGUGAUAUAGGGUUAUGAUAUAGGUAUAGGUUGUCUAUUAGUGAUCAAAAUAAUUGUAAUGUCCAUUAGUUAUUUAAGGCGCCCAGCGCAGAUGUAAAAUGGGCCGUUUCUACUUCCGAUUUUUUUUUAGAUUUACAUGCACUAUUUACACGAGAUGUUUUACACGAGCAACAAAUACGAACAACUGUCUAUAUACGCUUGCUAUAUAAGAUCUUAUUGCUUUAUCGUGUUACUCUUUUAUAAAAAUUUUUUUAUGAUUUCUUUAUUGCACAAGCCACUCUAUGUGAUCACUUUUUGUGCAAUUAUUAUAAACUGAUUCAUAUUUGAGUGUAAGAUUUUAUUUCCAUGAUUAAUUUUUUAAUUUUCCACAUAUUAAUUGCGAUUCUUGUGCACAUAUUGCUUUUUUAUUGGACAAAACACAAAAGUAGAGAAAUUGGAAGUACUUAUUUGGUCCUAAAAUAUUUAGUUUUUUUACACUCGAAAUUUCAAUACUCGAAUAAUCGAUUUACAUUUCUAUUUGUUUUUUUAGCCCCAUAUUUUAUGUAUUAUGCAAUAGCUGCAAUGAUAUAUAAUUACGACAACUUUAUAUAUAAAAGAAUAACCCCUUAGUCCAUUAUUAGUGAUAAAACCAAUUGUGAUGUUAGAUGA